GAUUCAUUCGCAGCUGAUCAAUCAACUGAUUGCACAACAUCAUUGUUGUAGCUCCGACAAAAAUAUUUCCUGGUAUGUUUGUUAAUUUUUUAAGUUUUUUCCUGUUCGUGAAUUAUUGACGAUGUCACCAGACAAACCCACCAUCCAAGAGAAGCCCAAUUGAUUGAUCACGAGAUAAAGGGCAGUCAUUAAAUUAUAUGCGUAAUACCCCGUCACGACUUCUACGUUGAUUGGUUUGUUGUAUUCUUUGUCAAUGUUAUUUGUUCAUGCCGCAAGGAUGAUGGAUCCAGAAAAUCUAGGUAAAGAGGCAUUUCUGAGAGUGGCAGCUUGGGUGAACAAGCUCCGGAAGAUGAAACGACGAGGCGGACCAAUACAACAGUGGGUUGAUUCAAUCGCAACCCCAACAAAAUCCGUGGAUAUACAAAUCCAUUGUGAUAGCCAUGACCUAACGCCACCAUCAACCCCAGAACAUUCCAAAGAUGUGAUGUACACCAGUACACCAGCCAUGACUAUUUCUGCACAAUCGUCAGUGCCUUGCUCAUCAACCAUAACAAUGACAAGUGGUCUAAGUUGUGGUCCGCACAGCAGAUUAAUGAGAGACCCAAGUCUGCAAUCUGACAGCAGCCAUUGCAGCAGUGUCGAGAGUCUUCUGGAACUUCGCAGGGCGGAUCCCGAAGCGAUUCUCCUAGGUCUUGGAUUCGGUGGAUGUCCCAAGGCUUCUCAGGAUAAUGGACCACUCUCACGUAUUCCGAAAAGAUUUCUCCAGCCGUCAAAAUUGAAGGGCAUAACACUAGAUGAUUUCGUCAGACAGCAGCAAGAAACUACUGAAUCGAUUGAUUCAGCCUCACUGGGUUAUCGUGGAUUAACAGGAUCACCAUAUGUGGCUCCAUCAGAAAUAGUUCAAAAAAUCAUGGAACGUUUACGUGAACAUGAGAGUCAUGAGCUCGAUGCUUAUACGGCAUACAAUUCUGAAACCUGUACUACACCUCCAGUACAGCAGAGUGGACUCUCGGUAUUAUCUCCCGAUAAUCGACAAUUUCUAGACAGACAGCGAUCUAAGAGCCCUGAUAUUUGCAACAAACGUAUGAUCAUAGGAAAAAAAUCAUUUGCAUUCAGUUGUGACGGUGAUUUAAUCGAGAUAAAUAAUCCACCAAGUUUCAACAUUCCAAACUAUCAUGAUCGCUUUAUGAAUCGUUCUCCUCUCGAAUCCAUGAACGUCGACUCCACUAAUGGACAGUGUCGAAUCGUACCGGAAUCUUCAAUAAACAAUAAUAUAUGUCCCUGGAAUUCAUCUUCAUCAAACUCUGACCCCAGCAGUGACCCUGUAAUGGAGCCCAAUUGUCAAUGUGGGUCAGUCGAUAGCGAAAGUCCCAUGGCUGACAAUAACGUCCAUGGUGACGAUUCACCGAAGACCAUUGAACCUUCCGUACCAAAAUAUCAUGAUAAUGACAUAGAUUGGACUACUAAUUUACAAUGUGAUAUUCCCCCUUGCCUGGAUAACCCUAGAAGAGCGAGUGACAGUUCUUGUGCAGCCCAAUCAAUUAGUUCUUACGACGAGGGGCGUAGAUUCAGUGAUGGGAUCAUGAGAGAAAAUCCUGACAGAUGUAAAAGAAAAAAUCAGGGCAGGAGGAUUCUCCAGCGCCAGGCUAGAAUAAGAGAAUCAGAUACUAAUGAACUACAACUUCCAGAUUCCCCAGAUUCUCUACAGAUGGAUAAGCCAGACAAUUUCGAUGGUGUUGUCUCCGAAAAGGGCCACGAAAUAGAUGUACAAAAUAUUCCCAUAGAAUCUCAGAGUCAGAGUUUAAUGAGACCAAACACGAAAAGGACAUAUUGUGAUCCCAAAAAACACCAUUUGUGUUGUAAAAGUGAUAAUCAACAGAUAUGUAUACACGAGGAGAACUGUGAGGAAUGUUGUUACUACAAAGGUACGAGGAACUACUGGCGAAAAAUGCACAAAAUCAUGAAGAAGAACGAAAAAUUGGAGAACAUGGUAGCCAAGAGCAGGCAAGAAAUGGCGGAAAUACGAGAGAUGUUGAGCUCUGUGUUGUCAGUGAGAAUGGAGCCAGGUUUUUGAUUUUCUCUGAUACCUGAAUAAUGAUAAUCAAAAUGAGGAUGCAAUCUACAUUCCUAGAGAGAUAAUUUUAAGUGAUUACUCAUGGCAAUAUUUAUGUAGAGAUAUUCUACCUAGUGGCUAGUGACAUUCCAUUCAGGAAUAAUUUUAGAGUCUCUUAUUGGUCCUAACCAAUAUUUACUGAUUACUCUUCCUAAUGCAAAGAAACUAUUGAAGAAAUCUGAUUGAAUUUGAUUUUUAUGAUCCGUUUAAAAUGACAUUGAGAAAUAUUUUUCAUAUAGGCUCAAAAAUAAUGAGAAUGAUUUUUAGUCAAGCAGGUUUCUGCUGUCAUACCAAUGGGACCUGGAUUACGUCAUAAUCGUAAUUCUUUUAUUGUAAUUAUUCUCUGGUAUUGAGCUGUUUGCUCAAGCUGCCAUCACCGCCAAACAUUGGCCAAUAUUUUUUAUUCCGAGUAGUUUUACAUCUACUCUAUAAUAUAGAUUUUGUUAUCAAUUUAUUGGUAUUUUCACCAGAGGUUUAUUGUAUGUACUAGUAUUAGGAACAUGCGUUCUCGAAAUGUCUUGCAAUUUGUUUUUAUCAUGACCACACAGAAGUACAGUGACCUAUUCGAAAAACCUUGCGACCAAUUCUGUCUAUUAACUUGCCGGUCGUGCCUGUCACAAUUGGUAAUUACAUAUAUACCAAAUUUGAACGUUCUUAUAAUAUUUUUACUCGAAUAUUGUUCGGGUCUGUGAAUAACGAAUACGCUCAUUUUAUAUAGUCAUUCAAUUUUUUGAAUGUUUUUAUUUUUUCUUGAAGAAGUGGAAAAGACUCGUAUUUUUCCCCUCCUGGGAUAUGCAUUCUCGAAUUAGUAAAUGCGAUUUCAUUAAAAUAUGAAUGACGCAUGUAGGGGCUGCCCAAUCGUACUUGUUCUUCAAUGUAUUUUUGUUUUCCACAUUUUAGAAUUUAAAAUAAAUAAUUGCCAUAAAGAAAAACCAA